AUGGAAGAGAUAAGAAAGGUAGCUUUGAUUACAGGUAUAACAGGACAAGAUGGAUCAUAUCUAACAGAGUUUUUACUAUCAAAAGGGUAUACUGUACAUGGUAUCAUUAGAAGAUCAUCAUCAUUUAAUACACAACGUAUUGAUCAUUUAGACUUUUCACCAAAUUCAAGAUUACAUUUACAUUAUGGAGAUUUAACAGAUUCAACCAAUUUAGUUAGUAUAGUUCACAAGGUUAAUCCAACAGAGGUAUAUAAUCUUGGAGCACAGAGUCAUGUAAAGGUAUCGUUUGAAUGUGCAGAGUAUACUUCUGAUGUGGAUGCUCUAGGGUGUCUACGUCUGCUAGAUGCCAUUCGAUCGUGUAAUUUGGAGAAACAAGUCAAGUUUUAUCAGGCCUCUACGAGUGAACUGUAUGGCAAGGCAAGGGAGAUACCACAGUCAGAGACGACGCCAUUCUAUCCUCGGUCACCAUACGCAGUGGCCAAACAAUUUGCAUACUGGACAUGUGUAAACUAUCGUGAGGCAUACGGUAUCUUUGCGUGCAACGGUAUUCUGUUCAACCACGAGUCUCCUCGUAGAGGUAUGACAUUUGUCACUCGAAAGAUUACACGGUUUGUGGCACGUAUAAAGGCCGGUCAAAACGACACCUUGUAUCUUGGCAAUUUGAAUGCAAAGAGAGAUUGGGGUCAUGCAAGAGACUAUGUAGAGGCAAUGUGGUUGAUGUUGCAACAAGACCAAGCACAAGAUUUCGUUAUUGCCACUGGUGAGACACACUCGGUCAGAGAGUUUACGGAAAAGGCGUUCAAAGAGAUUGGUGUCACUAUCAAAUGGCGUGGAGAAGAUCUCAACGAAGAAGGGGUCGACCCCAAAUACUUUCGUCCAACCGAAGUAGACAUCCUCUUGGGCAAUCCAACCAAAGCUCAACAAAUUCUAAAAUGGAAACCUAAAACCUCUUUUGAGCAUUUAAUCAAAGAAAUGGUUGAAAAGGAUUUUGAAUAUUUAAAUGCUGGUGAUAAAUAUAAUUAA